AUGUUUCUCUUUCUUCUUCCCCUUUCAUUUUUAAUCGCUCUCAUCAUCGUUGUAACUUGGAGACAGCACCCAAAGCGACUUAGGGUUGAUGCAUCGGCCUGGCAAAUCCAAUGCCUAAGACUGAUGAAAGAGCAAGGUCGCUAUGGAAUAGCAUCACUACUAUCAGACUUGAUUGACAAUGACGGUGCGGGUGCUUGGCCCCCCAAAACAAAUUACGAGACCUGGCCAGAGUCCUUGCAGCCCUAUAAAGAGAUCUAUCACGAGCUCGCUCCCAGCCUGCCUUCAGCACAGCCUUCGCUGGAAGAUGAUGUAAAUCAGGAAAAGCGCAACAGAUAUCGAUCCCGCAUGAGGAAGCUCCUCACCGAACGAAUUGAUAUUGUCGGUGUCGAGAAGCUCCUGAUCGCCGCUGAAGCAGGAAAUUGGGAUGUAUUCCCCCGUGACACUUACAAUGCCUUCUACUGCUGCAUUGCAGUUUGUCGUCACGCUUACAGAUGGGCAACAAUUCCCGUAGUCAAGGUCGCUCAGACUGAGAAGAUUGUUGAGUUUCCUCCGGAACUGGAAGUGCCUUGGCCUUAUCUCCAACGCGCCUUCGGGGUGGAGGCUGAUAGUGGGAAUAAUACGGCGAAUGUACUGCACAAUUUUGACGAGCAAGGAGAACGAGUCUUCAAGAUCAAUAUUGGGAUGUCCGAGAAGAUCAAGUCAUCCGAAGAUGCCUUUUUCCGUCUUUUCUAUGAUCUCGAAGUCCUGGCCCUACCUAUCUAUUAUGACAUGGUCCGCGCCAUCAUAUGCUUUGAAGAAAAGGGCAAUAUAUCAUGCUUGACACAUCUCCAAAACAUCACCUUCCGACUACGUCACCUCCUCAAGAUCUUCUACGACGGGCUCACCGCAUCUCGCGUUUCCCGGGAAGUAUGGCUAAGCUAUAUCCAGGGCUUCCAAGGCUGGGGUGUAGGGCGGAUAAUAAAUGGGGAGUACGUCAAGGAUGACGGACUAUCGGGUAAUCAUGUUUUGAUCUUCCAGGCACUUGAUGCGUUCUUGGGACUGGAUCAAUACUUGAGCGACGAAAACAUGGAUCGAUAUAUUCCUAUUCGACAAAGAGAUCUCUGUAGAGCCUUCAAGAAGUACUCGUUUCGUCAUAAGUUGAAGGGGCCGAUGGACUGCCAGAUUGAGGAUGAGUUUAAGAAGAUGGUGAACCAUAUGAAGUUAUUUCGGACCGCUCACCGAACGCGAGUGAUGCCAUAUCUUGAACAGCCAGCGCCGGAACGGCUUCUCAUGACUGCCGGAAAAUCAGUCCUUGAGGGACCGAACGCGAAAUCAGCCCUGAAGGUCUUAGACGACAUGUUGGUCACGCGAUUAAAACAGACUGCCUAG